AUAUUAUUUUAUUUUCAAUUUAUAAUUAUAAUUUUAUCGCCUUAUUUUCAAUUAAUUAAUCCGGUUUUAGCUGUAACUAAAAAAUUUCCUAUUACAACAAUAAAUGAUAAUGAUGAUGGCGGUGGUGGUGAUAAUGUUUUAGGUCUAAAAUUAAAUACAUUUAUACCAAAUUUUGAACCAUUAUAUUAUGAUCGUCAUCGUUUAUUACAUCAAUAUACAAGAUUAAAAAGAAAUAUUCAAGAACGUAAACAAAAAGAUGAUGAUCGUAUAAUGAUAAUGGCAAUGAAUGAUGAUGAUGUUAUAACAACAACAACAACAACAACAACAACAAAUAAAACCAAUCCAUCAACAACAACAACAACAACAACAUCGGUACCUGUGAUAAUAAAUUCCAGUGUCGAUAUUAGUAAUAAUUUUAAAAUUAGUAAUCAACAACAACAACAACAACAACGUGAUUUAACAACAACAACAAUGACCACAUCAACAACAACAACGACAACAACAACAUUAAUGAAUCUUACAACCAUUGCCUUUAUACGUCAUAAUUGUCCAUUACCAUUAUUGGAUAAUUUUGAUUUUGUUGUUGAUGAUGAUGAUGAUGAUGAUGGUCAUGAUGGUCAUCAUGAUGGUCAUCAUGUUGACCAUAUUGAUGAUGAAAAAUAUCAACAUGAACAUGAACAUAAUAAUCAUCAUAUUCGUUUAGAAUUUUCGGCUCAUAAUCGUAAAUUUCAAUUAUUAUUAAAAAGUCAAAGUGAAACUGUUUUUGCUCAAGAUGUUAUUAUUGAAUCGACUGAUAAAAAUCAUAUUGAUUAUGAUAUGACAAAUGUUAUUACUGGUUAUCUUGAAGAUGAUGAAGAUUCUAAAUUUGUUGGUAUAAUAACUAAAAAUGGUCUAUUAGAUGGUCAUCUACAAACACGUUAUGAUGAAUAUUAUAUUGAACCAGCUGAACGUUAUUUUGAUCUUAAUUUUGGACAACAUGAUUUUCAUUCAGUUAUAUAUGUUACUAGUGAUGUUUAUUUUCCAUUUAAUGCAACACAUGGUGCUGCUUUAUCUAUGUCAAAUUAUCAUCCAAAUCAUCCGAAUCAUCAUAAUUUUUUCGAUGAAACAACAUUUUUUGUACGUUAUCUUCCAUUAUUUAAUCCAUUUCAUCAGGCGACGAAUAAUUUAAUAAAAACAGCUGGUAAUUGGUUUUCAUUAUCAUCAUCAUUUCAACAAAAUGAUUUUGAUUCUGAUGAUCAUCUAAAAACAAUCCAACAAAAACGACGAAAACCAACAACAUUAUUAAUUCUAGAAAAUCAAUCGAAACAACAACAACAACAACAAAAACCUCGACAAAUGAAACAACAACAACAACAAAGUAAAAAUAAUGGUAAUAAUAAUCAUGGUAUUUAUUGGCGUGAUAUGGAUUCAUUACAUUAUACUGAAUCCGAACCAUAUGGUAUAAAAGCAGUACAUCCACGUACACAUUGGAUUGAUGAUCAAAGACAUCAUGAUCGUCAUGUUGUUGUUGAUCCAAAAAAAACUACCUGUAUGCUUUAUUUACAAGCUGAUCAUUUAUUUUAUGAAAAAAUGGGUAGUGAAGAAGCUUGUAUUGAAUCAAUGACAAGACAUGUACAAAAAGUUAAUAAUAUUUAUAAAAAUACUGAUUUUGAUCAAGAUGGUCGUCCGGAUAAUAUUUCAUUUUUGAUCAAACGUAUUAAAGUUCAUACAAUGGAAGCAUUAAAAGAUCCUGAAUAUCGUUAUCCGUCCACUUAUGGUGUGGAAAAAUUUCUAGAGCUUUUUUCCGAAGAAGAUUAUGAUGCAUUUUGCCUUGCUUAUAUGUUUACCUAUAGAGAUUUUGAAGGUGGUACAUUAGGAUUAGCAUGGACUGGUGAUCUUAAAAAUGCCGGUGGUGUUUGUGAAAAGAAUGGCCAUUAUCGUGGAAGCUUAAAGAGCUUAAAUACGGGCAUCGUUACGUUGCUCAAUUAUGGUAAACAUGUGCCUCCAAUUGUAUCGCAUGUUACAUUGGCUCAUGAAAUUGGUCAUAAUUUUGGUUCACCGCAUGAUCCUGAAGAUGAUCAUGCAUGUACACCUGGCGGUGAAAAUGGCAAUUAUAUUAUGUUUGCAAGAGCUACAUCCGGUGAUAAACGUAAUAAUAAUAAAUUUUCACCAUGUUCAUUACGUAGUAUAAAUGCUGUUUUAAAUACAAAAGCAAAAAGUUUAAAAGGAUGUUUUCAAGAACCACAAGAUGCAAUAUGCGGAAAUGAAGUUGUUGAAGAUGGUGAAGAAUGUGAUUGUGGUUGGGAAGAAGAUUGUAAAGAACCAUGUUGUUUUCCAAUGCGUGCAAAUCCACCACCCGAUGAGCCACCAUGUCGAUUACGUCCGAAUGUGAUUUGUAGUCCAAGUCAAGGUCCAUGUUGUACACAGGAUUGUAAAUUAAAAGUUGGAAAUAAAUGCCGUGAUGAUAAUGGUUGUCGUACAGCAAGCUAUUGCAAUGGUCAAGGUCCACAAUGUCCACCAUCAACAAAUAAAGCAAAUAAAACAAUCUGUAAUGAAGAAUAUGUUUGCUAUAUGGGGGAAUGUACUGGUUCAAUAUGUAUGGCAUAUGGUCUGGAAUCAUGUCAAUGUAAACAAGGUCCAAAUGAUUCACCUGCAAAACUUUGUGAAUUAUGUUGUCGUAUGCCUUCCGAUGAUAGUACUUGCAAAUCAUCAUUUGAAUGGAAUACAAGUCCAUAUGAUGUACCAGAUUUAUAUGCAAAACCUGGUACACCAUGUGAUAAUUAUAAUGGUUAUUGUGAUGUUAAUCAACGUUGUCGUGAAGUUGAUCCAUCAAGUCCAUUAGCAACAUUACGUCGUUUAUUAUUAUCAAAUGAAUCAAUGGCAUCAUUAAAACGUUGGUUUAAUGAACAAUGGUUUUAUGUUGCUGUUUUAAUUCUUAUUACUGUUCUUAUAUUGCUUAUGGCAUAUAAAGUAUUUAAUUCUCGAAGAUCAUUACGAUUAACUAAAACGGAUAUUAUGGAAGUUGCAUUGGAAGCAGUUGCUAAACAUCAACAAGAACAACAACAAGCGGCUGCUGCUGCUGCUGCACAACAACAACAACAACAACAACAACAGAAUAAUACAUCAGAAUCAUCGAUUGGAACAAAUUCAACAACAAUAACAACAACACCAUCAACAGCUAUUCAUUUACAAUCAUCAACUAAAUCAACAAAUUCAACAACAAAUACAGUAACAACAAAUACUGGUUCUUCAACAAUAACAAAUAAUAUUACAAAUGCCAUAAAUGAUUGUUUAUCAUCAACAAAAACGACAACAACAACAACAACAACAUCGGCA